AUGAGUCCAGAAAAAUUUGAGCUUCUGUUGUCGUGGGUUGCUCCAUCUUUAGUUAAAUCUUCGCUUAGACGUUCUGUAGCAUCUCCAGAAGAAAGAUUAUGUGUCACCUUGAGUUACCUUUCCACUGGUGAUUCCCAAACCACUCUGGCAACGUGCUACCGUAUGAGUCCAUCAGUUGUGAGUAGAGUGAUUAAACAUACAAGCGAAGUUAUUUGGGAUAAUUUGCAAAAACGAAAAUUUAUAGAGGCACCAACCCACCGCCAGAGUUGGUUGGAGAUUGCCAACGAAUUUCAUCAAAAAUGGAAUUUUCCUAACUGCCUUGGGGCUAUUGACGGAAAGCACGUCGUUAUCCAAGCUCCACCACGGUGUGGGUCAGAGUAUUUUAACUAUAAAAAAACACAUAGUAUUGUAUUGCUAGCAGUAUGCAAUGCGAACUAUGAAUUUAUCUUAAUAGAUGUUGGUGACAAUGGUCGACAGAGCGAUGGUGGUGUUUACACGAACAGCAAGAUCGGGUAUGCUAUUGACAAAAAUCUUCUUGAUAUUCCAACUCCGGACAUUAUAGAAAACUCUGGUUCAACAAUGGACGAUGCGUUUUCAUUAAAAACAUACAUGCUUAAGCCCUAUCCUGGUGGCAUCUCAGAAUUAUCACAGAGAAUCUACAACUACAGAGUAUGCAGAGCACGGAGAGUAAUUGAAAACACGUUUGGAAUCAUGGCAACCAGGUUUUGA